AUGGGAAUAUCCGCAGCAAACCUACCAAUUACCGCGCUCAGUCAUGUCCAGAAAAUCGACCUCUACGGAGACAAUGGUGUCUGGAGUUUCCCCUCUGUCGCUAUGGAAUCACUUGAAGAUGUUCGACUAAGCUUCAGCAUGACGUCUCCCACCUGGGUAUACGAAAUCCUCAAGUUCAGUCGCAAAUUGAAGGUCUUUCACUGGUCCACAUGGGAGAUAGAUUGGGCAAACGAGAGAAACAAGAAAGUAUCAUGGGGGUACCGACAGAAAGGUCUGAAUGAAGCUCUAUUGCAAGGCGCAGAUACACUGGAAACAUUACACCUGGACACAAUUGCCGGGGACUACGCACCGGAAAUGCUCCCACGUACAUGUCAGAUUGUAACAUGUCUCCCUUCGUUCAAAAAGCUGUACCACCUAACGAUCGACCUGACGAAAUUGUUUGGCUCUUGGAGCCACCGCAAGCGCAACGGUCUUGAAGACAUCCCCGUCCUUCUCCCAAAAUCACUGCGCACGCUCCAGUUAAUCGAGAGGUUGUACGCAGUCCAAGAGGAGACAUUAAUGUCCGGCGACCCCCAAACAGUAGGUUUCCACGAAACAUGGUUAGAAACGAUGCUCUUUCGCUGCUUUGAGGGCUGCAGAGAAGGCCGUUGGCCAGAACUUCGGCAGCUUAGAUUCCGCGCUGCUGAUAUCGGCUAUUACGACCCGAUCAAACUAGUCGGCAGAAGAUCAUCAGAGGCCAUCGAUGCAUACAAGGCAGCGUUCGCAGGAGUCGGCAUUGAUUUUGUGUGGCAAGAGUACGACAAUUUCGAUAGACCUCCUGGUCAGCGCCCGUAA